UAAAAUAUGCAUGUAUUUGUGUAGGCGAAAUCUUAAUCAAAGCUGCUCUUAAAGGUGAUAUUGAUAAGGCAACAUCCAAUUGUUUUUCGCUUGCUCGAGUGUGAAGAUGUGGUUUCUCUGGUUUGUGCUGUGUGUGGUUCUGGCCAGUUCAGGCACUCGAGCUGCUAGUUUCUGCACCAGGUCGGAUCAAUGUGCUUUGGGGGGAAGUCCUGCGGCACAGGCACGCUACGAUUACACGCGAAUAUAUAAUGUGGAAUUGGCCACUGCCAAACAUGUGCAGGUAUUUCAGGCGCUGGAGGAGGCUAGUGAUUCAUGCAGCUUUAUGGGACAUGCGCGUGUCGCUGGUCAGAAGCUCACGAUUAUGGUGGCCGCACCUAAGGUGGCCGACUUCGAUGAUCUUCUGCAGAGCUACAAUGUGAGCCAUCGUAUACUCAACUACAAUUUCCAGGAGUUGAUAGACGCUAACUAUCGGGAGGUGGCGCCAGAGAGCACACCGGCGGAUCAGUUCGACUGGAAGCGCUAUUUUCAUCUGGACAACAUCUACGACUGGUUGGAGAAACUGGCCCGCGAGGAGCCCCAGGUGGUAACUAUGCUGGACAUGGGAUUGAGCACUCAAGGACUGCCGAUCAAGGGGGUGAAAAUUGCCUUUGCUAGUGAGAAGAAUCAGACUACCGUGUUCAUCGAGAGUGGCAUCCAUGCACGCGAGUGGAUUGCACCAGCUACUGCCACAUAUUUUAUUGAGCAACUGCUGCAUUCCACUGAUCCUUCGGUGCAGAGCUUGGCCCGCGCCCACAACUGGUUGAUCUUUCCCACUGUCAAUCCGGAUGGUUAUCGCUAUAGCUUCACGGGGGAUCGCAUGUGGCGCAAGAACCGCAAUCUCUUUGGCAUUUGUCGCGGCGUCGAUCUGAAUCGCAACUUUCCACUUAGUUGGAACACCACGGGCGCCAGUGGCAAUCCCUGUAAAUAUGAUUUCUCUGGACCGUCCGCGGCCAGUGAGGUGGAAACGCAACGCAUUAUCCAGUUCCUGGAGACACAUGCCCAGCCGGAACGUAUUCGUACCUAUUUAUCACUGCACAGCUACUCCCAGCUCAUCAUGUUCCCCUAUGGUCACACGGCAGAGCGCGUCGAGAACUAUGCGGAUCUCAAGGCAAUUGGUCAGCUGGCAGCGGAACGCAUCAAAUCGCUCACUGGACGCAUCUAUAAGAGUGGAAGUAUUUUUGAGACAAUAUAUCCCUCCAGUGGUGGGUCAAAAGACUGGGCCCACAGCCAGCUAAAGGUGCCAAUUACUUUUACGUUUGAGCUGCGUGGCCCGCCGGAAAGCGAGGAACUAUUCAUCCUGUCGGCCAAGGAAAUUGAGCCAACGGCCCGUGAAGCCUUUGCAGCUGUGCAAACAAUUGUGGAGGAGGCGGGUAAACGUGGUUACUACCAGUAAAUGUCACAAAAUAUUUUCAUUAAUUUUUAUUAAUAAAAGAAAUAAGAUAAAA